GCUGUGUUUCUGACCGGACGAGUUUAGACUGUGUACCAGACCAGCUUUGAAAACAGAAGAAAGUCAAAACUCAUAUUAUUCUAAUGUCUGGAGACACUGUGGAAAAAUGGGUUUUGCGCUUUUAAAUCUACAUGUCCCCGCUGGUGCAGAUGAAUUAAAAGUGAGUUUAAGGCGGACACGAAGCUCUGCAGUGGRCUAUUAUCAACAACAAGAUUCGUUUCUUGUAAGUUUGCAAAUCGGACUUCUCACUUAUUAAGCGGAAAGAGGUUUUUUUUUUUUAAGUACUUCAUUACUGAGGAGUGACAUCUGGUCAAAGCUAUUCCAGAGUGUUUGCAUGUAAUCCAGAUGAUUAUAACAGAAGUCAUGAAGACGUUUUUGCAAAAGACACACGACGUGUUUUUAAAGGUUUGUCUGUUUCCGAGCACCUUUGGCCGCUCGGCUCCGCGGCCAGCAGCCUCGGAGGUGCUGACCUGCCACCUGCUGCAGCGCAAGCUCCCACCGUGGACUUCCUUCUGUGUCCGMUACAGCUCCGUCCACAACGACCAGUUUGGUUUAUCUAACUUUAACUGGAGAGUUCAGGGCUCCAACUACCACAUCCUGAGAACUGGCUGCUUUCCCUUUGUGAAGUACCACUGCACCAAAGCCCCUCCACAGAACCUGGACUUCGAGGACAAGUUUUUCACCAUGCUGAAAGUUAUUAAUCUGGGCAUCCCCUGUUUGGCCUAUGGGGUCGGGUGCUGGAUGGUGAUAGGAGCAGCAGAAACAGUGCAGACAAGUGUUGGACCUGUCACUGUCUAUUUCGCCUACAAAGAAGAAGAAGGUGCACAGUACUAAACAAAUAAAGCUACAAAGACAAUAUUUUCUGCCMAGCUGCUGUAUUUAUGUCACAUCUGUGUCCUUUGUCAUUGACGGUCUGGUCUAACWGCACAAUUACAUUUGUGAUAAAUUAUUAAAUAUUUAAAGUUGAAAUGAACAGUCAGUUGUGCAAGUCAUUAAUGUCUACAGCAGUUUGUCUUUAUGUGGAAAGCUAAGUUAAUUUAAAGAAAAUGCUUAUUUUAAAGUAAACAACUGUUUUGGAAACACUGAUGUUUGCUUCUUUGAGGGGUAAAAGGCAAACACCAAUUUCUAAGAAUCAUAAUGUUAUGGCUAAGAAAAAAAAAAGAAUCAUAAUGUUAUCACUUGCCAUCAAACCCUGCCAUCUUUUAGCUCAUGUCCUCGUGUGUUGGUCUGUUACUAAAAUAUCUUACAAGUCAUUCUAUGCAUUUUAACGAAGGUUGCAGGAAAUUGUUAUUGAAUGUACAUCUACAGCUGAUAAACAUUUAGUGUCAGAUUCAAGGUGAGUGCCACUACARAUUUCCUCCUGCAGCGCCACAGCUCUCCCCUCGGCAUCCUGUCAUAUGCCUUUUUCUAAAUCUACAGACACUAGGAAGGCCUUUCAAACCCUCUGUACUUUAACAUCAGCAUCCUCAAAGCAAAGAUGAYGUCUGUCGUGAUUUCUUGGCAUAAACCCACACUGCUGCUCACAAAUAGUCACCGAUGGCUAGCUUCUACAACUCUCUCCCAGAUCUUCAUGUUUGGCUCAUCAACUUCAUUCCCCUGUAGUUACAAUUAGGGCUGCACAAAAUUAGAAAAAAAACUGACAUUACAUUUUUUUUCUAACCCUGUGAUAUACGUAUAUUGCAAUAUGAAAAUUACAGGAAUUUUCAACAGAUGACUUGAAAAACACUUUAAUGCUAUGCAGGCAUCUUGUUGACGAUGAACCUGCUCUGAUCUUACCUAUUUUCUGUGUUAGAAGUAUGUUUUCUUAUUUGAGCUAUUCUUGUUCUCUUUUAUUGUGCUGGAACCUGAGAACAUGUUUCAUCUGCAAACAGGAAUUGCAUUGUACCAUCCAACUGUUGCCGCUGUUUAUCUUAGUUUCUGUUUCCAACAYGCUUUAAUAUUAAAUUUCAUACUAACUGU